AUGGCGGCCAUGAAGCCCAGGUUAAAAGUGCUGAAAAAGCGUCGCUCCAGUCUUUUUGCGACAAUAAAACGGGAGAUGAGUUUUUCGCACAGCAUUGAAGAACAGGAGGGUGAGUUCCCCUUUUCCCAGGACAGCUCUGUGAAAGCAUGGACAUCCAUGGACAACCUUGACACACCCGAUGACAAAAAGAAGGCAAAGAAAACCCCAAACAAAGACCUACCAAACCCGAGGCAAUCAAAUAUUGUCAACCUGAACAUUGGAGGAAAGGUGUUUCACAUCCCGAAGCAUCUGGUCCUCAGACACCCUAAAACAAGGAUUGGAGUCCUUGCGCUCUGUAACGAUCCGGUCAAGCGCCUGACACUCUGUGAUGAUUACAACGUUCAGAACAACGAGUUCUUUUUCGACAGGGACCCCAUGUUUUUUCACUACAUCUUCCACUUUUAUUGCAGUAAUGUCCUGUGGGUGAUGGACAGUCUCUGCUCUGUGAACUUUGAGGAAGAGAUGUCAUUCUGGGGGCUGAAACUGAAGGACACUCCAAGGUGCUGCCGUAUUCUGUUUGAGGAGAAAGUUGAUGACAUCAGAGAUCAGUUGAAGGUCAACCAGGAGCUGAUCGAGGAGAUUAAACCUCACCAAGAUGAUGAGGGAUAUAAAACCAUGUUUCUUGGGGGGCUUCGGAAGAUUCUCUGGGACUUGAUGGAGAACCCUUACUCUUCACUGUCGGCCAAAGCCUUUGCUGUGUUCUCCAGUCUCUUUGUGCUUAUCUCCAUCGUUGCUAUGACUAUGAACACGGUGAAAGAACUCAGGGAUUACAAACUUGCUGGCAGAACCUACAUGGAGUGGAUAGAGAUUGCUUCCAUCCUUUUCUUCACCUUGGAGUACUUUUUGCGGUUACUCACCACAUCCAACAUCAAACAUUUUGUAAAAAGUGCCCUGAACUUUGUCGAUGUGGUGGCUGUCAUGCCCUACUUUGUCCAGCUCGUUUUUGAGGCAUUUGUUUUAGAUUCGGAGGAUGUCAGUCAAAAGGAGGAUUUGAAGACCAUGGCUAGAGUCAGUAAAGUCAGCAAAGUUCUCAAGGUUGUCAAGCUGAUGCGUAUCUUCAGAAUCCUGAAGCUUGCCCGGCACUCCACAGGCAUGAGGGCGUUUGGUUUCACCAUCCGACAAUGCUCUGAGCAGGUGUGCUGCCUAUUUCUGUUUAUUGCCAUGGGCAUCUUUACCUUCUCUGCGCUGAUGCACUCUGUGGAGGUGGAUCAGCCCGGGACACCGUUCAGCAGCAUACCAGAUGCCUGGUGGUGGGCUGCGGUGAGCAUCUCUACUGUGGGCUAUGGAGACGUUGUCCCCAUCUCCUAUCUUGGUCGCUGCGUGGCAUUUGGCUGCAUCUCUUUUGGCAUCAUCCUCAACGGGAUGCCCAUCUCCAUCCUGUUCAACAAGUUCUCCGACUACUACGCCAAACUCAAGGAGCAGGAGUACAGCGUUUCAAACACAGAGCGCUCCUUCCAGCUCCAAAAACGUCUGAGGCGCAAGUUUGAGCACUGCUUCGAACCCCCACUGGAGGAGUCUGAUGAUGAAACUCACUGGAGGCCCAGCUGGAGGGAAACUAUCCACGAGAGCGAGGAUUGAGCAAAGCUGCCAACUUGCGAUCUUUCUAACCCCAAACAGCCUUAUCACCCAUGGGUCUGCGAAGUUUAAGACCCCAUCUGCCUCCAGUUCUGAGCCUGUGUGAUGUAAUACAAACAAUCCAAAGGGGCAAAUGGAGGCAGCAGCAAGUUGAGAUAAGCUUUAAGCCUCAGCUUUACAGCAGGUAUUGUUUGCACGCUAUGGACCACGACUCCUCGGUCAAACAGACAAGAUCCUUCCAGUAGACUUCCUCACCUCUUUCUAUUUAAUAUGACUUAACUGAAGUACACUUUUGACACAAGGAGAAGUAUUAGUAAUAUGAAAGUAAGAAUGACGCUUUAAACAAUUGUUUCUGUUGUAAGUGCUAUUGAAGAACCAACUCGGACACCUUUAUGGUCAACUCUGCACAAAAAAAUGUCUUCUGUAAAACGGUUGGCCUAUACCAAAACGUCAAAACAUUAAAAAGACCUGUUAUCACCGUCUUCCUAUUUUCAAGGCUCAGAAAAUCGAAAGAAAAAAGCAAUGAAAACCCCUCAGAUCUGUGUGCAACUGAGAACAUCAGUGCAAGCUUGCCUAGCUGUCAUCAGAGUGGUAUUCCUGUCAAAAACCCUCUCCAGACACUCAGCAGGCUCUUGACUGUACCUAAGUAGGAGGAGAUGCAGCUGGGAUGUGUCGGAGGAGAUCAAGCGUAUGAGUGUAAUUUUGCUGUCAAGGAUUAACAGGACUUGCGCUUGCGCCUCCCGCCUGGUCAGACAAGGGCAGAAGUCAAUCAUGUCAGGUGCUAUUUUGGUGGCACAGGGGAUCAGGAUUGCACUAUCAGGUCUUGCUUAAGUUCUUACAAACUACUUCUAUGGAUGAUAUUGGAAAAAAUUGAGACUGAUAUUCUAUUGAAUCCUUAUAAGCAAACUAGAGAAAGGCCAUUAUGAUGUUUACAAGUCAUGCAAGGUGAACUGUGCUUAUAAUAGCCAUCAGACAUGUCCGUAUUUAGCAUCGUCGCUGCAGGGGUUGUGAAGAUCUCCCAUGUUCUUGGCCUGUAGAUGUCAGGAUCAAGCACUUCCUGUAGUCAAACUGUCCUUGGACUGUGUUGCUGCAUUUAGCUCUUUCUCUAAUACCAUUAAACCAAUUCCUGUUCAGAGCCACAACUCUCCGAAAACUGAAGAGUUAUCAUUAGACAAUGUUUAAUCCACUCCCAGACUCACAGCUUAUAUACAUGAAAAGUGUAAAAAUGUAUGCAUGUGAUAAAAAAAAGUGCAUUGGUAAAAAAGUGACAAAGAAGAACCUUUCCUAGAAUGAUUCAGUGUUAUUUUUCUCAUUUUCAAAGACAAAGCUCAUCUGUUACUUUGUGGCUGUGAAGAAAGAUGUGUGUGUGUGCAAAACCUGUAAGACUUAUUCUUCUGUUUUGUGUUGGAAAACAAACUAUUAAACACAAAAUGAAAAUAGUGUAAACCCAAGUUGUUAAAGAUUAACACAUGUAUCAUUGAGGUUUCUCACAUGAUUAAAGAUAUCUGUAUCUCACGGCUUUCUUGUAUUUUCAUAAUAAUCCACACUUUCUUAA